AAGGUGCGGACUCCGGCCGCAAAACCUUGACCUAUAGGGGAGGGUCUGGGUGGGCGUCUGUCCGCGGUGGCGGUUCUGGCGCGGGACGCGGACCCCACUUCACCAUUGUUUUAGUCCGCCUCAUUUUCCGCCUCCGUGGCUUUCUCACCAUGGCAACCCCUCUCAAUGACCCCACUGGACAGAGGGGCAGCUCGGGACAGAGGGGCAGAAGCUCUGGACAGAGGGGCAGGGGCUCUGGCGCCUCUGGGCUGAGGGGCUCUGGCGCCUCUGGGCUGAGGGGCUCUGGCGCCUCUGGGCUGAGGGGCUCCGGCAGCGGCGCCGGACAGGCGGGAGGCUCCGGCAGCGGCGCCGGACAGGCGGGAGGCUCCGGCAGCGGCGCCGGACAGGCGGGAGGCUCCGGCAGUGGCGCCGGACAGGCGGGAGGCUCCGGCAGCGGCGCCGGACAGGCGGGAGGCUCCGGCAGCGGCGCCGGACAGGCGGGAGGCUCCGGACAGGCGGGAGGCUCCAGCAGCGGCGCCGGACAGGCGGGAGGCUCCGGCAGCGGCGCCGGACAGGCGGGAGGCUCCGGCAACGGCGCCGGACAGGCGGGAGCACCUGCAGGGAGGAGACUGAGAGACAGCCUGGUGCGUGGAGCUGCCACAGGAACUACCAGGCUGGGGAGACUUUCAGGAGGCUUGAUGUUAGGAGGAGCCUGAAAGAUCGGGCUGUGGGGGAGCACUGGAGCUCUGGUGCGCAACCUUGGCACCACUUCCCCAGGCUGGACAACUACUCGAGCCCGGACCCUCCAGAGUGCAGGCACAGGUUGAACCGGGCUGUGGGUAAGCACGGGAGAUCUAGUGCUUACUACACGCACCUCUCCCCUAGGCUCCACUCCCACAGUUGCCCGGUACGAGCGGAGCGCAGGCAGAGGACGCACUGCACCCUCCCAGCGCCCGGAGACACAGCACGCA